UUCUUUUUCCUUUAUAUUUAGACAGAUUCCUCUAUUUUACAUCUCCAAGAUUCAAUUUGUAAUCUGAUCGAAUCUAAUCUAAUCAAAACACAGUAAUCUAUUUUACAAUUUCAAUAUUCAAUAAACAUGAAAAUAGAUGAUAUAUUCUUAAUAAGACAUGCUGUUAGAAGUGACUUGUUUACCUAUAAUCAGUUGUUACAAGUCUUGAUUCGAUUAGCCACCCUAAACCCCAAUUCAAACACUCCCCAUCAGCCAGAUAAUCUCAACUUCACCCACUUGCUUCAAUUCACUGUUUCUUUUCUAAAAAAAUAUAAUAUCAUUAACACCAGCUUCCAAUCCAUCAUUGACUGUCCGACUUCUUCUAACAUAUCAAAGAUAAUUUCUCUAUUGAAAAAAUUAGAUUGUUCUUUUCAUGGUGAUUUUACAGCUGACUUGAAAGUUAUUAUAGACAGCGCUAACAAUCUUUCUGGUAACACUACCAUUAUAAAUGCAAUAAACUUUCCAUUAUUAGAUUUUGAUCAGCUAGGUCUAUUACAAUCUUACUCUAUUUCAAAUCAAAUCGUUGAUGUAUUAUUCACCAAUAACCAAAACACUGAGAUAAAAUAUAAUUUUGUAGUGCAUACUUCUCCUUAUUUAAGAUGCAUUCAAACAUCUUACUAUUUAUUAGAACAUCUAGCUUUUUUAUUAAACCACAAUAACAAUAUUACAAACUCUACUUAUUCAUUCACAUUAAAAAUCGACUCUUUCUUAUCUGAAUAUCAUUAUGAUAGUAAAUUGGACGAUGAGAAUAAUUUAUUUAGUUCAAACAAUAACAAUAUUAAUUCAGAAAUAAUAUCUUCUGCUCUUCAAUUCUUAUCUAGUAUACCAAAGAAUCAUAAUAUAACUUUUGCUUUCAAUUGGGAUCCAAACAAAUUUCAUAACCACUAUCUCUUUAAUGAAUCACUAUUACAGUUUAAUAUUAGAUGCUAUAAUGGAAUGUUUAAUUUAUUAAAUUACUAUUCAGAAAAAAUCAUUGAUAUUAAAGAUAAUCCACCUCAAAAAAAUAUUCUUUUACUUGUUACCCAUGGUGCUUUAAUUAACAAUUAUUUAUCAAAAUUUCUAGAUAUAGAUAAUAUAGCUAAAGUUAAUGAUGAUAUCAUUAAUUCUAAUCUUAGUUUUAAUUUUAAUUUCAAUUUUGAUCCCAAUGUUAAUGAUGAACUCGGUUAUAAAUACUUGGAUAUUCCUUUUGCUUCUUUAAAUUAUUUCAAGAAUUGUUCUACUUCAAAAAACCAUGAAAACAAUUUGUGGUUUUUAUCAUUUUCAUCUUCUCCAAUUCCCAAUGUAAUUUAUAAUAAUUCUGUUGAUAUUUACAAUUUGAAAAAGCAUUAUAUAUCAAAAUACUUCAAAAAUUUUAAAUUUAAUAAUAAUAAUAAUGAUAAUAAUAAUAAUAAUAAUAAUAAUAAUAAUAAUAAUAAUAAUAAUAAUAAUAAUAAUAAUAAUAAUAAUAAUAAUAAUAAUAAUAAUAAUCAUAACCCUAAUAAUGAUAAUGAUAAUAACGAUGAUCAUAAAGAUGAUGAAAUUAGAGACAAUUAUAAAUAUUCACUGCCGAUUAAUUACAAAACCACAAAUCAAAAUUCUAAUCGGUUACUUGGAGCAAUUAAUUCUCAAACUAACACUAUUAAGAACCCUAUAUUUGGUGGAUUUAAAUUCAAUAUAUCAAAUUCAAUUGAUAUGUUUAAUGAAAAAACAAAACAAAUGAAAAAAAAACAUCAUAAUCCUAAUCUGAGACAGAUUUCUUCGAUAAUUAAAAACAAUACUGAUAACAAUAAAAAAAAAACUAGAGUCCUUGAAAGCAAUUCGAAUAUUGCUAACGAUUUGUCUGCUUUUAUAAAAAAUGAGUCCAAGGAUUUGAAAUCAAAUUUUACUAACACAUACAAUAGGGAUUAUUUAUAUAAUAAUGCUUCUAAAUCUUUUCAUAAAACAAAAUUAAAACAGGAACUUCUUGGAAAGGAUACUGAUUUUGGUCUUGAAAGUUUCAAUUUAUUAAAUAAUUUUAAAUUUAAUUAUAAUAGUAGAUCAAUAUCAAUGUCAGCCUGUGGAAACAAAGUUUAUCAAGAUGGGGAUUGUAAUUCUGAUUCUGCUGAAAAAUGUUUUGUUAGAAAUAAUUUGGGAAACCAAACAAAUAAUACACCUAAAAGAGAUGAAAAUGAAGAUAAAUGUUAUAAAAAUAAUAAUUCCAGUAAUGAAUUUUUAAAUGUAAAGGUUAAUAAUAGAAGAAGAUCUAAAAGUGCUGGAUUUUAUAUUCCUGACAGUGAUAAUGACAGUAGUAGUGAAUCCGAGUCCGAAUAUGAAGCAGAUGAAUACGGUAUUUCCAAAAAUCAAAUUGAAGUUUCCAUUUAUCCAAAAAAUAUCAAUGUUGAUAAUCUUGAUAAUUUUGAUAAUUUUGAUAAUUUUGAUAAUUUUGAAAAUAAGGUUAUUGAUUCUCAUUUGAACUCAAUGACUUUGCAAAACCAAAAAAUUCCUGAAAUUAACAUAAAUAGUAAUGGAUUUGAAAGUGAUGAGUAUUCAAUUAUUAAUAAACUGGAAAAUUCAAAAAAUAGUAGCAAAUCAUCAAUUGCAAGCUCAAAUUUUGGAAAUUACACCCGAUUAGAUGAUAUUGUUGAUUCUUCUGCUUUUUGCAAUGGUAGUCAAUCCGACACUAAAAAUAAAGUGCUUGAGAAUAAAAAAAAUGAAAAAUUUAAACAAAGUUUAAUUGAAAUCAAAACAGAAAUUAAAAAUAAAGAUAAUUUAUUAAAAAGUUUGAAUUCUUUGGAUCAUUUUGUUAAUUCAAAUAUAAGUGCAGGUGAAAUCAAUAAUAAACAGAUACUUAAUAUUUAUUCGUUUUCUGAUUUGACGUUUAAAGAUGAAAAAUUGAUAGGCUUAAUCGAUUUCACUUCAUCCAAUGACAAUUUUAAUAGUGAUACGAAUGAUACUAAUGAAGAAUUAAAUGAUAUAUUUGGUACAAGUAUUAACGAUGACUAUCAUAACUUUUAUAUAAACAAUAACAUUUCGAGAAACCAAGCACAUUUGAAAACAGAGAACGAAAAGGAAUCAGAAAGGAUUAAUAUUAAGAAUCAACUAGUAUCAUAUAGUCACGAUAGUAUAAAUAUCGAUAAUUACAAUAAUGAAGGAAUGGAAUUUGUUUCAAAUGUUAGUAGCAAAAAUUCCGAUUUUUCUGAUUAUUGUUCUUUGACUGAUUUAGAAUCUAUUUCAUCACAGGUAGUACUUAAUUCGGAUUAUAAUACUGAAGAUGAAGAGGAUUUUGAUACUAGUAAUAGAAAAUCAAAUGAUAGUCAAUCAAAUGAUAGGCGAUCAAAUGAUAACAAUAGUGUUGAUUUAGUUUCACUUGACAGCAAUAAAGGUAAAAAUGAGAUAAAAGAAGUUCAUCUAAAAUGUAUAAAUGAUAAAGCUAGCGAUUGCAAGAGUGAAAAACCAGAACAGCUAAAGAAAAAUAGAAUGGAAAAUAAAGAAGAGCAUAAUCAUGAAUUGGGAGAAAAUAUUAAAGAAAACAGUAUUGACAAGCACUCAAGCAUGGUGAUUGUUCCAAGUGAAAUCAAAACAAAAAGCAAAUCUGUCAGUAAGGCCAAGAUUAUAUUGAUUAGCAAUAAUAAUAGCACUAUCAAGCUAGAUCUUGAAGAAUUCUCGAGAUAUAAUAAAAACGAUGACGGUUUGAAUGAGAGUGAGAUGUCAAAAAAAAGAAAAAAAGCUGGAAUUGAAAAGAAUUACACGCUAGCAAAAAAUGCAAAAGAAGCCAGUGGAAAAGAGCUGCAUGGCAGCAAAAGAAGAUACGCACCCAGAAUGGAUUUGAGAGUGACGUUGGUUCCCAGUUUGAGUGACAAGCAUGAGUAUGUAUUUGUGUAGAGAUAAGCGCGUGUGAAUGCAUAAACGCACUUGCGCAUGAAAUCACGUAUAAUUACUGGCACGUGUGUUACUCACCCGGUCGAAUGGU